CGUUAAUGUCGUCAGAGGAACAAAGUACAGAAAUUCCCAUUCGAGAGAGACAGAGAGAGCUGAGCGGCAGCUGAGCGGCAGAGAACUACCCUGAAAAGUUGAGAAACCUGAAGAGGAUGAUGAAAGUGUAGCAUAUGUAUGGAAGGAGAGGACUGACAUCUUUGUAUAAUAUUUAUGAAAAUAUCGCUACUGUUAUAAAAAAGAAACGAGAGAGGGAAUGUCGAAUAUGUGUGGGAAUAUCGUUAAUGCCAUCAAAAGUUCAGCAAGUGUAUGCGAGUAAAGCUGAUGUUACUAAAAAGAUCUGAGAAUUACCAUAAAUGUAUGGGAAUAUCGCUGAUGUUAUCAAAAAACAAAAGAGGAAUACCAGCAAUGGGUAAUAUUUAUCGAAAUGUUGCCAAUAAAAACAAGGGAGGACUCCCAGCAAUAUAGAACACAUCACGAAUUUCAGCAAAGAAACCCAAUACCUGAAAUUCCCUCGAGUCCAAGUUCAAGCAAGACAAAGUAGGCGCUGGGAUCUGGAGAAUCGGUCUAUAUAUUUCUUUGAUUUUUCAGAUUUUGUAUUUAAUUUUUUAUACGAAAUUUGCAAAGUAUUUAUUGGACAUGCCUGAGCUUUCGGACGCAGAUUGGGAUGUAUUGAAGGAUGCGUUCUCUUUGCUGGACCGUGAUGGAGAGGGUUUGGUUCAGACGCGCGAGUUGGCGCUGUUUUUCUAUUCUCUAGGCCUUGAGCCGCCGAUAGAAAGUGAACUCACAGAUUUGGUAAAUCAAGUGGAUAUGAGUGGUAACGGCUUCAUUGAGUUUGAAGAAUUUGCCGAUGCGAUGAUCUUACGACUGACGUACCCACAGGAUGAGGACGAUAUACGCGAAGCCUUUCGCAUCUAUGACAAGGAGAACACCGGCUACAUUCGCGCCGAUCAGGUGGGCAACGUCAUGAGUCAGUUGUCCUGGAAGCCAACGGAGGAGGAGCUCGACAAUUACAUACGCUUGGGUGACGAGGAUAAGGAUGGCCUGCUCAGCUAUGAGGAAUUCACGAAAAUGAUGACACCCCACUAAGAACGAAUCGACAAGUCGACUGCCGCCCAGCCCAGAUCUGCAUGCAGAACACAGAGUACAGAGUACAAAGUACAGAAUUUACUCGAGUGUAAACUACAUAGAGUAGUAGAGCUAUAUUCUCUGUGUGUAUGUAGCAUUCAAAUGACUUCGGGAAUCGAUCAAAUUAUUCGUAUGGAAAUUCACGUGUCACCUAUAAAGAACACUGAUUAAAAUAUAGACCGUUAUUAUUUAGCGAAA